AUGUCGGAGGUUGACAGCGUGGUCACAAACGAGCUUCCUGAGCAUCCCAAUAACGUGGCUAUUACGUCUACGAAGACUCUCACAAUGUUGAUCUGCGAUCUCGAAAGCAGAGUCCGAAAGCUGGAGGAACAAGUAAAGGAUCAAAAUCAAGAAAAUAACCGCCUGCACAGGAGAGUGAGCAGCAUCUAUGAGAGUGUCCCGCGCUCUCACACCAAAUCUCGUCGUUCAGCUCGGUACAAGGAUAGGGAGUCGGAAUGA